AUGCCAAAGACACACCAAAAAGUGGAGUCCUACGGGAAUACCCAAGGCCCACCAAAAAGUGGAGUCCUACAGGAAUACAAAAUGUCCACUAAAAAGUGGAGUCCUAUGGGAAUACCAAAGACUCACCAAAAAGUGGAGUCCUACAGGAAUACCCAAGACCCACCAAAAAAUGGAGUCCUACGGAAAUGCCAAAGACACACCAAAAAGUGGAGUCCUACGGGAAUACCCAAGGCCCACCAAAAAGUGGAGUCCUACAGGAAUACAAAAGGUCCACUAAAAAGUGGAGUCCUACAGGAAUACCCAAGACCCACCAAAAAGUGGAGUCCUACAGGAAUACCCAAGGCCCACCAAAAAGUGGAGUCCUACAGGAAUACCCAAGGCCCACCAAAAAGUGGAGUCCUACAGGAAUACCCAAGGCCCACCAAAAAGUGGAGUCCUACAGGAAUACCCAAGGCCCACCAAAAAGUGGAGUCCUACAGGAAUACCCAAGGCCCACCAAAAAGUGGAGUCCUACAGAAUACCCAAGGCCCACCAAAAAGUGAAGUCCUACAGGAAUACCCAAGGCCCACCAAAAAGUGGAGUCCUAUGGGAGUACCAAAAACCCACCAAAAAAUGGAGUCCUACGGGAAUACCCAAGACCCACCAAAAAGUGGAGUCCUACGGAAAUGCCAAAGACACACCAAAAAGUGGAGUCCUACAGGAAUACCCAAGGCCCACCAAAAAGUGGAGUCCUACAGGAAUACAAAAGGUCCACUAAAAAGUGAGUCCUACAGGAAUACCCAAGACCCACCAAAAAGUGGAGUCCUACGGGAAUACCCAAGACCCACCAAAAAGUGGAGUCCUAUGGGAAUACCCAAGGCCCACCAAAAAGUGGAGUCCUACAGGAAUACCCAAGGCCCACCAAAAAGUGGAGUCCUACAGGAAUACCCAAGGCCCACCAAAAAGUGGAGUCCUACAGGAAUACCCAAGGCCCACCAAAAAGUGGAGUCCUACAGGAAUACCCAAGGCCCACCAAAAAGUGGAGUCCUACAGGAAUACAAAAGGCCCACCAAAAAGUGGAGUCCUAUGGGAAUACCAAAGACUCACCAAAAAGUGGAGUCCUAUGGGAAUACCCAAGACCCACCAAAAAGUGGAGUCCUACAGGAAUGCCACAGAUCCACAAAAAAGUGGAGUCCUAUGGGAACACCAAAGACCUCUAGGCAAAAGUUCUAA